AUGGAAGCUUCGCGAAAAGGAAAUAUUCCCGGUCUACCGCGAAUGCUGGAACAGGAGUUCAUUCAUGGGCUUGCCCUUAGCUUCAGUUUCUUGAACCCCAUGGAAAAGUCCCGCGGAAUGUGCAAUUCGUGUGAUGGAAGGACUUGCAUCUGCAACGCACAUGCCACAUUGAUUCCACGUGGUUACACCGGACCGUGUACCUUCUCUUUUGGUCCCACAUCCUGCUCCUUUGUUUUCUCAGCACUCACACCGGAAACAAUCUCAAUGGAUCUCGUACAUACCGGUAUAGGUUCUAUGAUAACUAAACCCGAGUCAACAGCCUCGCAACAGCGAACCCGGCAGCUCGUUAUUGUCUCCGAACUCGAAAUCUGGGUUGCAUCCGAAGCCAGUGAUGACAUCCUGAACGCUAGAUUGUGGGGCUGUGGCGAUGUCAGUCUUUUCCACGGUUUCGGUCGAGAUACUCAGGUGUCCUUACUGGCGUCGGCUUGGGGGUUCGUUGGGCACCAAGCGGGAUGGUUAGCAGUACUUGAAGUGUUUCACAGUUUCAGAAGUGAAGGAAGUCGUGGGAAGUGGAGGAUGAGUCGAAAAGCCUCAACAGAUCCUUCACGCACAACAUUUGCCGUCGCGAAACAUCCCUCUGCCCAAAAGAUCACGAUCGCAAAAAUCCGAGCGUCAAUAAAUGCAUUGUUCGUACGACCGUCGAACGUUCACGCUUUCUCUCGCCAUCCGGACCCCUCCCCCACCCCUGAAAGUAAACGUUUCUUUAACCUUAAUCUGACAGGUUUGGCAGGCGCAAGAAUAGCGUAUCCUGGUCCCUGGAAACGUCCACUUUCCGGUGCGAAGCUUUGUGGGAAGUCGAUGAUAGAAGCGAGUGUCCGGGACCUCGGCAGGAUGUGGCGGAGGGAAAUUUUUGACGAAUUUUGGAGCGCGUUAGAGAUAGGGAAAACAAAUUAUUUGAGAGGGCAAAGGGGAUGUGGGGAAGUGCAGAUGAGGAAAGGAGAUUUGAAGAUUCAGCCUCUCAGCCCUGCGUGGGAUGAUGAAUCAGGCCUUCACACCAUGGCGCAUUCUCAACCCCAAAAUGUUGAUCAGCGUAGAGAUUUCGCCUUGGAUCGCCGAUCUGUGGAGCAAUUCAUGCCUACUCAAAUCCCUCUCAAAAGGCACAGACCUCCCACAACUGAAAGAGGUGGUGUUCAAGGACGAUUAAUGGAUAUCGAUUGGAGUCGCAGAAGCUCAUACUCUCAUCAUCGCGAAAAGAAGGUGUUCGUUGGGAACGCAAAGAACCAAGCUCGUCGUGAGCUCGCCCGAGGGCGGGCGCAGAUUCCGAACCCGCUUCUCGCUCCAGCCAAUCAACAAGCUUCGCUUUUGACUUCAGUUCUGAGAAUUAAAGAUACUUUCAGCCUGCAGACACCAAAACCCCCUUCUAAGAAGACACUUAAUGGUAUGAUGAAACUCUGGCCGCAAUCGGAAAAAGAUGUAGAGUUGAAGGUGUUGCGAUACAUGUGUGAUUGGCCAUUUGGUGAACACAACGCAAGCAAGAAAGCCACGUCACACCGCAUGAAAGUGCCGUCGAGGACCUGCAUCUUCAAUCAAUUUAUCCUAUAUCCCGUACCGCUAUACCCUAUACGAGCUUAGCAACCGCGACAAGUGCUACAUGCGCAUGUGCUCAUUCCUUCCCUUUUCCAUAAGCAUCGCCCAUACCACGGAAAGCAAAUAGACACCUGCAUUCAACAUUUACCCUCAUAAUCCUCUGCUCAAACUCAAUGUCUCGCAAAGGAAAGGUAGUGUCCAGAAGUGCAACCGGAACCUGGGUGUCCGGUAGCCCCGGUAAGCUGGGCGAGGUCAUCAUUGGAGUGGAUGAAUUGGAGGUCUGGGCGCUUGAGCGUGCGCAAGGUAUGUUUCCAGGUCGCGUUUUAGGCGGAGGGGGGCGCGAGCGGGGUGUGCGUAUGCAGGAUUCUGGGGAUCGUAACCUGUCGGCUGUGGUUUCUGUGGGAGUGGACGUCAAGUGUUUCGGAUUGCGGCUGUGAGG